UUUUACCAUUUCGACAUGGCGAUUUUGACAUGCCUUCUCUCUCUUUCUCUCUCUCUUUCUCCCGCCUACGUUAAGUGGCUCAAAGCCAAGCAGCAUGGAAACAAUCAGCCAAUCAGAGGAGGAGGAGGAACGCUAUCGAGGACCAAUCCGCCAACACAGAAACCUCCUAGCCCGCCGCCCGUGACAGGGACGUUGUCAGGGACGUUGUCAGGGACGUUGUCAGGGCGUGGAACUCUGGGACGCAGCACGCCCUGUAAACCUCUAGAGCCGGUGAAACCACCCACAGUGCCAAACGACUAUAUGACCAGCCCUGCUCGGCUAGGCAGCCAGCACAGCCCCGGAUGCACUGCAUCUCUCAACCAGAGACAAAGAACCCACAGAGUUGUACGAUGGUACAUAACAAGCAGCGUUGCCAACCAGUCAGUCACUAACGGAUCUGACGCACUUGUUUUCAGUCCCGCCCAUGUCUGCUCCCCCCGGAGCCCCUCCCCCUCCUCCUCCUCCUCUCCUUGGGCAGAGCCCCCCAGUGGCCCGAGGGGCUUCUGCAGCAAUAGUGGUGACUCCCGGCCUGGUCUUGGCCCAUCCCCAUGUCCAGUUCGGCACCAUCUCGCGGCAGAUCUCACGGCACAACUCUACCACCUCCUCAGUCUCCAUGGUUUCGGCCACGGGCACCUACCGCCGGGCGCCGUCUGUCACCUCCCAGUUCUCCCGCAGCAGCAGCAGGCCCUACAGCUACAGCAGCAGCAGAUACAGCAGCCGUACAUUAUACGGGGAACCUCAACCUACCCCCAGAACUCAAUUGCGGACACCCCUACUCCGCCUCCCCCUCCUCCGCCCGAUGACCUGCCCAUGUUUGAUGAAGCUCCUCCCCCUCCUCCACCGCCGCCAGUUGACUACGAGGAACAGGAAGCGGCUGUUGACUACGAGGAACAGGAAGCGGCUGUUGACUACGAGGAACAGGAAGCGGCUGUUGACUACGAGGAACAGGAAGCGGCUGUAGUUCAGUACAGCGACUCGUAUGCGGAUGGAGACCCCCAGUGGAGCUACAUGCAGAAAGUGGUGGCCAUCUACGACUACACUGCGGAUAAAAACGACGAGCUGAGCUUCAUGGAGGGAGCCAUCAUCUACAUCAUUAAGAAGAACGAUGAUGGCUGGUACGAGGGAAUCAGUAGCGGAGUCACGGGACUGUUCCCCGGCAACUACGUCGAGUCCAUCAUGCACUAAGCUGACUGAUGAGACCCUACUGCUCUGUAUUGAUUCGGUGUUUCUACUACAGACGUCUGACCUUACGAAGCAUAGGGAAGUGCUUUUGGAUACGACAGAAUGUUUGGUCUCUUACUAAUCUCAAAUAAAUCAAAUACAAAAUAUCUAUUUACUUUAUUUUGGUGGUGUUAUUGUGGGUGGGUUGGGGGGGGGGGGCAUAAAGUAUAUAAAGAAGGAAUAGGAUAAGGCUGAUGAUGUAGGGAUGUUUUUAAAGACCAGGCAGUGGAGGUUGCUGAGGGGAAGACGGGCUCAUAACAAUAGCUGGAACGGAGCAAAUGGACUGGCGUCAAACACCUGGAAAACCAUGUGUUUUGAUCCCAUUCCUCUGAUUCCGCUCCAGCCAUUACCACGAGCCCGUCCUCCCCAAUUAAGGUGCCACCAACCUCUGAGACCAGGGUAACACUAGCUGAAGGACAUCCUUUCCUUUAAGUGUACUUCCUGUUUACAUAUGCACGACAUAACAUCUGACCCAACUAUUCAUCUAUUGACCUACACAUUUCUCAUGCACUUAUAUUAAAGUAUUAAUGUCUUUAUGAGUGUAUCACGAGUAUUAUGCUAUAUAGAGACGGUUUGUCAGACGGUAUGCAAUGCAUAUGUAAACAGUAGGCGAUCAUGUGUAGACCUUCAGUGGAAGUGCUACUACUGUUAAUUGUAUAUAAUGUGAGCUGCAGCCUGUUGGGUGUCUGUAGUGUAAAUUCAGUGAAUGUCAAUCGCAGUAUCUCAAGCAGGCUACUUACCACACACACAUGCAAAUGUCCUACAGAAGAUUCUGUUUGAUCUACUUUUUAUUUUAUUUUUAUUUUACUUUUUUUGACAAUACAAAAACUUAUUAUAGACAAAAACAAUAGACAACUCAACAUUUACAUCCACACAUUUUGACAAACAUGACUGACCUCCCCCUUGGUCAGACCCACCACCUCACCCAUCCUGCCAGUCAUCCCCUGCCAGUCUCCAGUGCAAAACUUUAUGCCAUAUAGCUUCAAACUGCACUAUUCUGCCUCUCUGUUGCCCAAAUUGUUCAAUAUUUAGAUAACGCAUUUGAUUCAUUCAUUUAACUUUUUUAUUUUAUGAUUUGACAAAAAAAAUAAACUACAAAAGUUAUAAUCAGAAGCCUGAUCCAUUUUGGGUUUUUAAAUUUUAAAUCUUAUUUAUCUUUUUAUGAUUAACAACACCUUUAAUUUCUGUUUCAUUUCAGUCGUUCCUGAAGUCUGAGCGUAAAGCAAAAUCUAAUAAAAAUGUAUAACCUCUGUUUAAUUAUGCUUCCAUUUUGUUGUAAUACUCAUUCAAUUUAGGCUUUUAUUAUUUUUUUAAUUGAUUAAAUUGUCUAGACACAA